AAGAGGGAGUCCUGCGUGAGGAGCGGAGUCAGCCCGAGAGAGGGUCAGGGUGGGGAGGUCUGUGUGAGGAGGGGUGGAAUGGAGUCAACUCUGGAGAGGAUCAGCUUCAGGCAGGCGUUGUUACAGAGAGGAGGGUACCCUGGAGAGAGCUAAUGUGAGGACGGAAUUGAUCUAAGGCAGUCUUUGUGGGAGAUCAUUGAGUGUUCCAUAUAAAUUGUUACCAAGUGUGGUGACUCAUUUGCGGGUUUGGAGGGCAGUUUAAUGUUGGAGAAUCACUGAGUGAGAGGAUUACUUGGAUUAUUAAUUGGAUUCGUUGAUCAGUGAUGGGGGAGGGGGCAGCAGUGUCUUGAGUGGUUGGGGGAGGGUCCAUGGAGAGUCAUUGUUGCAAAUUAGGGAAAGAAGGGAGUAUGAGUGAGUUGGUAGAACAAGGGCUUCAGCCCAAUUCAUCCGUGUCAGAAUAAGGGUCUGUGUGAAGGAUUAAAUGCUGCAUCCAGAAAGAAUUUAGGGGUCCACUGUGGAAGGUGAGAAGGAGCUAGUGUUGGUUGCCUGAGGAGUUUUACUGUGUUGAAAAUAUUCCUGCCUGGACUCUGUAUUGAUGUGUCCCCUUCACCACUAAUGGUGCCCUCCAUUAAGUGCAUGGUGUUUAAGGAAAUUAGAGGACUACUGCAAACAGCCCUAAAUUCUAAGGGAUCAAGAAGUUACAGUUUACCCUCCCUUCUGCCCCACCCUCUCUUCUCACCUACUUAUCGUCUCCCCUCCCAUCCUCCCUUUUUUCCGUCAUUUGCAUUGAUUCGGCCUUGGGAGUGAGAUUGCUUUAGCCUAGUGUAGAGUGUGAAGUUUUCUUUUGCAACAAAGUAUUGAAGGAAAGGGGGAUGGGAAGAAGGGCCUGGAAAACAGGGGAAUGGCUCUUGGAAUACCAUAUUAAAUCCCAGCUUCUCUCAAAGGAAUCAACAGCAGCCUUCCAUGAGGAACUGCCUUUUCCACUUGCUGCUGGAGUUAAUGGUGUUUCCUGCUGGCAGAAUCAGGGACAUGCCAGCACUAGCGGGAUGAGUGGGUGCUCCGGCGGGGAUGUGGUCGUUGCCGGCCAGUGAGGGCGAGAGUGCCACGGCCCACUUCUUCCUUGGAGCUGGAGAUGAGGGGCUGGGCACCCGUGGAAUAGGCAUGAGGACAGAAGAGAGUGACAGCGAGCUCCUUGAGGAUGAGGAGGAUGAAGUGCCUCCUGAACCUCAGAUCAUUGUUGGCAUCUGUGCCAUGACCAAGAAAUCCAAGUCCAAGCCAAUGACCCAAAUCCUAGAGCGACUUUGCAGAUUUGACUACCUAACUGUUAUCAUCCUGGGAGAAGACGUGAUCCUCAACGAACCUGUGGAAAACUGGCCAUCUUGCCACUGCCUCAUCUCUUUCCACUCCAAAGGAUUUCCUCUGGACAAAGCUGUUGCUUACUCCAAGCUUCGAAACCCCUUUCUUAUCAAUGACCUGGCUAUGCAGUAUUACAUCCAGGAUAGGAGGGAGGUGUACCGGAUCCUGCAGGAGGAAGGUAUUGAUCUGCCUCGAUAUGCUGUGCUCAAUCGUGACCCUGCCCGGCCUGAGGAGUGCAACCUGAUAGAAGGUGAAGACCAGGUAGAGGUAAAUGGAGCUGUCUUUCCCAAGCCCUUUGUGGAGAAGCCAGUGAGUGCAGAGGACCAUAAUGUUUACAUCUACUACCCCAGUUCAGCCGGAGGAGGAAGUCAGCGCCUCUUCCGAAAGAUUGGCAGCCGAAGCAGUGUUUACUCUCCUGAGAGCAGCGUCCGAAAGACAGGAUCAUACAUCUAUGAGGAGUUUAUGCCAACAGAUGGCACAGAUGUCAAGGUAUAUACAGUGGGCCCAGAUUAUGCCCAUGCUGAAGCCAGAAAAUCUCCAGCUCUCGAUGGGAAGGUCGAACGAGACAGUGAAGGGAAAGAGAUUCGAUAUCCAGUCAUGCUGACUGCCAUGGAAAAGCUGGUGGCCAGGAAAGUCUGUGUAGCAUUUAAGCAAACAGUUUGUGGUUUUGACCUUCUUCGUGCCAAUGGUCACUCCUUUGUGUGUGAUGUCAAUGGCUUCAGUUUUGUCAAGAAUUCGAUGAAAUACUAUGAUGACUGUGCCAAGAUCCUGGGGAACACCAUCAUGCGGGAGCUUGCUCCACAGUUCCAGAUCCCAUGGUCCAUCCCCACAGAGGCUGAGGACAUUCCCAUUGUCCCUACCACAUCUGGCACUAUGAUGGAACUCCGUUGUGUCAUUGCAAUUAUCCGUCAUGGAGAUCGUACUCCCAAGCAGAAAAUGAAGAUGGAGGUGACACAUCCAAGAUUUUUCAGUCUGUUUGAAAAACAUGGUGGCUACAAGACAGGGAAAUUAAAACUGAAGCGGCCUGAGCAGCUACAGGAGGUGCUGGACAUCACAAGGCUGUUACUGGCUGAACUGGAGAAAGAACCAGGUGGUGAGAUCGAGGAGAAGACUGGGAAACUAGAGCAGCUGAAGUCUGUGCUGGAGAUGUAUGGUCAUUUCUCAGGCAUCAACCGGAAGGUGCAGUUGACUUACUACCCUCAUGGAGUAAAAGCUACUAAUGAGGGGCAAGAUCCACAGCGGGAGGCCCUGUCCCCUUCUCUGUUGCUGGUACUGAAGUGGGGUGGAGAACUGACUCCUGAUGGCCGUGUUCAGGCUGAGGAGCUGGGACGAGCUUUUCGCUGCAUGUACCCUGGAGGACAGGGUGACUAUGCUGGCUUCCCUGGUUGUGGGCUGCUUCGUCUCCAUAGCACUUUCCGCCAUGAUCUCAAGAUCUAUGCCUCUGAUGAGGGCCGUGUCCAGAUGACUGCUGCUGCCUUUGCUAAGGGCCUUCUGGCUCUAGAAGGGGAGCUAACACCCAUUUUGGUACAAAUGGUGAAGAGUGCCAACAUGAAUGGGCUACUGGACAGCGAUGGCGAUUCCUUGAGCAGCUGCCAGCACCGGGUGAAGGCUCGACUGCACCAUAUUUUGCAACAGGAUGCACCCUUUGGUCCUGAGGAUUAUGAUCAGCUCGCUCCCACUGGAAGCACUUCCCUCCUCAACUCCAUGGCUAUCAUCCAGAAUCCUGUAAAGGUCUGUGAUCAGGUAUUUGCCCUGAUUGAAAACCUCACUCAUCAGAUCCGGGAAAGGAUGCAGGACCCCAAGUCUGUAGACCUGCAACUCUACCACAGUGAGACUCUAGAGCUCAUGCUACAGCGUUGGAGCAAGCUGGAGCGUGACUUUCGACAGAAGAGUGGGCGCUAUGAUAUCAGUAAGAUCCCUGACAUCUAUGACUGUGUCAAGUAUGAUGUGCAGCACAACGGGAAUCUGGGACUUCAAGGCACAGCAGAGUUACUACGUCUCUCUAAGGCACUGGCUGAUGUGGUCAUUCCCCAGGAAUACGGGAUCAGUCGGGAGGAGAAACUGGAAAUUGCUGUGGGCUUCUGUCUUCCACUGUUGCGGAAGAUACUACUUGACCUGCAGAGAACCCACGAGGAUGAGUCUGUCAACAAGCUGCAUCCCCUGUACUCUCGAGGGGUGCUCUCCCCAGGUCGCCAUGUUCGAACACGUCUCUAUUUCACCAGUGAAAGCCAUGUCCAUUCCCUACUCAGUGUAUUCCGUUAUGGGGGACUUCUUGAUGAGACCCAGGAUGCACAAUGGCAGCGAGCUUUGGCUUAUCUUAGUGCCAUUUCAGAGCUCAACUAUAUGACCCAGAUUGUCAUCAUGCUUUAUGAGGACAACACACGGGAUCCCUUAUCAGAGGAGCGGUUCCAUGUGGAGCUACACUUCAGCCCUGGAGUAAAAGGUGUUGAGGAAGAAGGCAACGCCCCAACUGGCUAUGGAUUCCGUCCAGCUUCUUCUGAGAAUGAAGAGAUGAAAGCAGACCAAGGCAGCAUGGAGAACCUGUGCCCAGGGAAGGCAUCGGAUGAGCCAGACCGGGCAUUGCAGACUUCACCUCAGCCCCCUGAGGGCCCUGGCCUCCCAAGGAGAUCACCCCUCAUUCGUAACCGAAAAGCCGGCUCCAUGGAGGUCAUGAACAUGCAGUGCACGGGGAACCUGGACCUGAUCCCCUUGCGGGGACGGCGCCGCAGGAGGUCAGGAGACCUCCCCCGGCCUUCCCCAGCCAUCGGCCUACAGCCCCGGGCUGUGUCCACCACUCACCUGGCAUCCUGCACACAGGUGCUUUCUGAGACUUCAUCCUCGAGGCCUGGUGGCUACCGGCUCUUUUCAUCUGCACGGCCACCAACGGAGAUGAAGCAGAGUGGCCUAGGCUCACAGUGCACAGGGCUGUUCAGCACCACAGUGCUGGGUGGCUCCUCCAGCGCUCCGAAUCUUCAGGACUACGCCCGCAGCCAUGGCAAAAAGCUACCACCUGCCAGUCUCAAGCACCGAGAUGAGCUCUUGUUUGUCCCGGCCGUAAAACGAUUUUCUGUGUCGUUUGCAAAGCAUCCGACUAACGAGCUGCUGGAUGACCAGCACCCUGUGGUCCGGUUGCUGCGCAGUUUUUCCUCUGACUGUCCAGGGGGCCGGCCAGUCUCCUUGGAUGCCACGCUGGCGCAUCACCUGCACCAGUGCUCCUACCACCUGCGCCUCUUCCGGAACUGGCUGCGCUCAGGCCAGGAUGACCCCGAGUGCCUCUACGGAUUUGAAGGGUGUUCCAUGGUGCCUACCAUAUACCCUCUGGAAACACUGCAUAAUGCCCUUUCCCUGCGUCAAGUGAGUGAAUUCCUGAGUACCGUCUGCCAGCGCCACACUGAUGCCCAAGCGCAGGCAUCUGCAGCCCUCUUUGACUCUAUGCACAGCAACCAGGCCUCAGAUAGCCCAUUUUCCCCACCCCGUACUCUGCAUUCACCUACCCUACAACUCCGGCAGCGCUCUGAGAAGCCCCCUUGGUACAGCAGUGGUCCUUCCAGUACUGUGUCCAGUGCUGGUCCUUCCUCCCCUACUGCAGUGGAUGGUAACUGCCAUUUUGGCUUCAGUGAUCAACCUUCUGUAAGUUCACACAUGAUUGAAGAACAUCAAGGCCUUGGGAUGCUCCCUGGGAAUGGAGAACAAGAGUUCCCCGUUGAAGGGAUGCAAGAGCCUAUUGAACCAAGCCAGUCUUCACAGGAACCACCUGUGGAAACCAGCCAGCCAUGCCAGGAAGUUUCUGAGGAGAUCAGUCAGCCAUGCCAGGAGGUCCCUGACAUCAGCCAGCCAUGCCAAGACAUCCCUGAAGAGUUUAGCCAGCCAUGCCAGGAGGUUCCUGUCAUCAGCCAGCCAUGCCAGAAGGAUCAUGAUAAUGUUAACCAGAUAUGCCAGGAGGUCCCUCAAAUCCACCAGCCAUGCCAGAAGGCGAGUCAACUGUGCCAGAAAAUCUCUGAGGAAGCUUGCCAUCUUUGCCAGGAGAACCCUGAGGAGGUCAGCCGGCCAUGCCAGGAGGUCUCUGUGGAGGUUGGCAGGCUGGCCCAUGGUUUCCCUGUAGGGGUUGGUGGCCUGGUCCAGGAAAUCGGUGUAGAAGUUGGCAAGCCAGCCCAAGAGAUCCCUGAGGAGCUCAGCGAGUCAUGCCAGUUCUUUGUAGAGGUUGGCAGGCUAAUCCAAGAGGCUUCUGCAAUCAAUCUGUUGUCUCAGGACAUUCCUGAGGUAGAUAAACCAUCCCAAGAGUUUCCUGGGGAGGAUGAUCUGCAGGUACAGGAGGUCCCUGAGGUUAAUCAGCAGUCCUGGGUGUUCCCUGAGGUGACUGACCAGCUGCCUGGAGAGGAUAUUCCCCAAGCCCAGUGUCAAUCUAGUGAUCCAAACCCUCAGAGCCAGUCUCUAGCCUGUAACCAGCACUCACCCCUUCCACCAGCAACAUGUGAUUAAUCGUGUUCUCAUUAGUGGUGUCACACUAUACCAGCUAUUUGAGCUAGCAACUUUUUCUGUUGGCUAACUCACCUACCAGUGUAAGACCUUGGAUCUCACCAGAGGUGUCUGAGGAAGCAGUCCUCUUGGCAUGAAGCCAAGAACUGUGCCCGAGCUGGGCUUGGAGGGGAGCCAAUUUCAUGUUCAAAGCAACCAUUGACUCCUCAUAUGGCCAUUAGACUUGAAUAGGAUUUCCAUAAAGGGGUGGGCUGAAGCAUCAUUACCCAACGUCCUCUGAGCAUCCCAAGAAAUUCCAGAUUGUUAAAGGAAAUGCCACUUAACUGCUGAAGACACCAUCCGGGGACAUCAAGUGCAAAAGGGGACUCCCGGGUCUCCGCUUUCUGGGGAAAUAUUCACAACUUCUCAAGGUACCCUUAGACCAUAUGUGCAUUCAGGAAGAUUCUUGUCUUUGCUAGCACUCCUCAGGUGGGCCUAGGAUGGCUCUCUGAAAUGUCUGGGUGGGGGGUGGAAAGAGAGUCCCUUUCCCAAACAUCCAUUGUGGUCAUUAAUCUUUAGAUUGGGUUUAUGGGUGUUUUAUAUAAUGUCGCAAGUUCCCCCUCUGCCCCAGUAGUGUUCCUCUGGGCAAUAGCUCUAGGGAAAAAUAGGUAUUAGAUUGCUGUGAAAAUUUUAAGAGUAACUACUUAAAAUGCUCUGGGGGUUCUUGGCCAAUCUGUGAAGCUGGGUCUCCUUUUGUUGUGGGGCUACUUGGCUUAAGAGAUGCUGUAGCAGAGAAAAUCAGGUUCUAUUUUAAGCAAUCAGCAGAGAUCAAUAUUGUACAGACAUGAGGAAAGAUUAUAUAUAUUUCUGUAGUAGUGCCAGGGACAGACUGGCCAAAGACCAAACACUCCAGGGUCCCCAAGAGGUUUUUCCUUUUAUUGUUAUGUCUUUAGGGUCAGGUGUGAUUAUGAAGCUUUUCCCAAAGAUAUGGGGAUGGGAAUGGGCAUGGGUAGGAGGAAUAAUGCAGUCAUUGCAGUGGGGUGGCUAGAACAUUAUGAGUGCUCAAUAAAUAUGAAAUAAUAAAAAUGUU